CCGUUAUUCGGGACAGGGCAGCGGUUCUCUGUGGAGUGUGUGUUGUUACUCUGUGUAACACAGACAGGCUGGCUGUCAGUUAUCUAGGCUGGGUUAGUUGUGUGAGUGAGUCUUCUCAGGCCGGGUCCUGCAGCAGUCCUGUAUCUGGGAGUUCUGAGGGACUGAGGGCGAGGAGGAGAGUGAGCGCACGUGCUCCUCGGUGUGUGAGGGGAAGCUGAGCGCGAGCCCCGGGAGUGCCCGGUGGUCGGUGUGUGUGAACGGUGGACCCGCGGUCGGUCUGACAGCAGCUCGGAUUUACUGGAAUAGCUGUCGGGGUGAGGGCGGCUGAAGGAGGACCUGCGUUCAGCUGUGCUGGAGGAGGACUGAAGGAGGGUUGGGUUCAGCGGCUGCACGGACUGUGUGCUAUGCUACAUGAUGACCAAGAGGACAGAAGCCUCCCCAAGUUAUUGAUGUGCAUUUGCAGUGAGUCGUGGGAUGGCUCUCAUGGCCCUGCUUCUUCCUCUGCUCCUGGGCGUUCUGGGAACCCCUCUGGUCUGCAGCCACUACCCCCACUUCAACGCCAACAACACUGUGUUCCAACACCUGGCCUUGCAUCCUGACCCUACAGUGGGCACAGUCUAUGUGGGAGCUCGGGACCACCUCUAUCAGCUGGCCGGCCUGGACCGGUUGCGUCUGGAGGUGGAAGAAAAGACGGGUCCAGUGAGGGACAGUAAGGAGUGCCUCCCCCCUGUAACCUUGGAUAACUGCCCCCAGGCCCGACCGGUCAGUAACCACAACAAGCUGCUGCUGGUGGACUCCUACUCUCUUCAGCUCAUCACCUGCGGCAGCGCCCACCAAGGCACCUGUCAGAAACGUAGCCUUGCUAACGUUAGCAGUGUUCUAUUUUCUGCUGAGAGACCUGUGGACACUCAGUAUGUGGCUGCAAACGACCCGACCGUCUCAACCGUCGGACUUGUGGUAAGACCCCGAGAUGGAGCGCCGUCCCUCCUCUACGUGGGGCGGGGCUACACAAGCAGCCACCCGCCAAUCUCCACACGCCAGCUUUCAGCCGAACCUGUUUUUUCUUAUGAGGAGACGGCUAAACUAGCUGUAGCCGGACGUCUCUCGGAGUACGACCACAAUUUUGUAGCCAGCUUCACACACCGCAACCACGUCUACUUCCUAUUCUACAGACGUGACCUCAAAGCUGCCUCCCGGGAAUACAAGACGUACCUCGCUCGAGUGUGUCUAGACGAUCAGGCAUACUAUUCCUACGUUGAAGUUCCGCUAGCGUGCCGCUCCAGCUCGACUGGAAAGAACUACAAUCUCCUCCAGGGGGCGCAAGUGGGUGGAGCAGAAUCCUCAGACGAUGCUCAGGUUCUGAUGGCGGUCUUUUCCACGGCACUGAGUUCAGCCAGUCGGCCGAGCGAGGAAUCUGCGCUUUGCGUUUAUACUCUGGACGAACUGGACCACCAUAUCGAUGCCACACGAGAUCUAUGCUACACACAGGAUGGCCAGAAGCAGGGCAGCAAGGUGGCAUAUAUCGAAUAUGAGGUCAAAUCCAGCUGUGCCAACCUGCCCAGGAACACGCUGAACGCCUACCCCUGCGGAUCAGACCACACCCCUAGUCCGAUGGCCAGUCGGGAGCCGGUGGAAGCCGAGGCGGUGUUGGACAGCCCGUCUGCUCGUCUGAGUGCCGUGGCUGUCAGCGUGAGGGAGGGGCACUCCAUCGCUUUUCUGGGAGACUCCAAAGGAAAUUUGCACAAGGUGUUCCUGGGGGAAUCCGGAGAAGUGCAGAAAUAUUCCACCCUGUCCAUCCGGCCGGGUUCACCUAUUAACCGAGACCUGCUUUUGGACUCCGCCCAGAAACACUUGUACAUAAUGACCUCCAAUACAGUAGAGAAAAGGCCUGUUGCAGAGUGUGAGAGACACACAGACUGUCAGUCCUGUCUUGCAGCUCGUGACCCUUACUGUGGCUGGUGUGUCCUUGAGGGCAGGUGUGGGGUGCGUUCUGACUGUGGGCGGGGCUCGGGAGAAGGCCACUGGCUGUGGAGUUUCGAUGAGAAGCAGAAAUGUUUGAGGGUGGAGUCACUGAGCCAGUACAACAUCAGCAUUGGAGAACAGGCAAAUGUGGAUCUGGAAGUGCCGGGCCUGCCCAGCCUCUCUGAAGAGGAGACAUACUCAUGCUACUUUGAAGAGACUCAGAGUGCUGCUGUUGUUCAGGGCACCACUGUCACUUGCUCUACUCCUCCAGCCAAUAGGGUGCCUCCUGUACCUCAUGGGCAAGAUUCUGUGUCAGUUAGUCUGUCUCUACGCUUCACGAAUGUGACCGUGGCGGUUCAGAACUUCACCUUUUAUGAUUGUUCUCUUGUGCAACGGCUAUCAGAGACCAGGCCAUGUAUUGGGUGUGUGAGCAGUCGCUGGAGGUGUAACUGGUGCAUCCAUCAGCAUGUGUGCACACACCAGAUCACAUGUGAGAAAGGGGUGAUGAUAUAUAACCAACAUUUCAAACUACCAGCUUCUUCUCCCACAACGGUAAACGAGUUUACUAAAUUCACGUCAGCUAUGCCCAUACAUCCCACCACAGCGCCAUACAUACCAAGAACAUCUAUAGCCAUGCCUCCUCCUCCUCCUCCAGUGACCCCUCCUACCACCCCAGAGCCAGCUGCAACCCCCUCCACAGCCAUGGGAACUAAAGCCCCCUUCAGCAACCUGCCCACCACAUUCCAGCAGCAUACCAUGCCUUCCUCGACCCAACAGCCUCCGACCACAGCGGCAGAGGCUCGCACUCAGCUUAAAGACAGCGUAGCAGGUGGGAAGGAGGCACAUGUGGGUUUACUGUCAACACCAGCUCCUGGUGGCCACGGUGAAGACACGCCUGAUGUGUCCAAUAAAGAAUCGGGGUCAGUAGACCCGGUUACAGUUCCUGCCCCCACGCCCCCUUCUGGGGAUUUGCCAGUAAUGGGAGCAGUAGGUGAAUCUGAAUCAGUGCCCGCCUCCUCUACUGUUAUGGUGACCCUUUGGUCAGAGGCGACUGACGAUGGGGAGGCGUCUCUUGAGACCGGGCCUCCAGUGUCCUCGGCCUCCGCUCCGUCUGGAGACGGCGAGGAAGGUCCAGUCUCAGCUGAUUUCCCUCCUGCUCCGGACGUGGACUACCACUCCGACCCAGCCGACUUUUUCCUCCCGCAGGGUGAUGAGGACUCGCUGGUCAGCGGGGGUUCCUAUGCCUGUCCGUGUGUUGAGAGUGUUCAGGGUUCCUCUCUCCUGCCUGUUAACAUUGAGAAGAAAAUCACUCUGAUGGGACGCAACCUGCAUCUGUAUCAGGAUGAGGAGCUGGAUUAUGAGUGUGUGCUGGCUAUUGAAGGCAGAUCUGUAAUAGUAGCUGCGUUUGUGGAGAUGGAUGACUCGCAGUCCUCUGUGUUCUACAUCACCUGCCAGCUACACCAGUACUCCUACUCUGCUGCUCUAGAAGAAUAUAAUGCUACGAUCGCAGUGAGGAGACGAGGCUCCUUUGAGAUGGACAGACCUCAGGGCCUGAAUGUGAGGUUGUACAACUGCUCGGUGGGCCGCUCAGACUGCAGCCAAUGCCACACAGCAGAGCCGGAGUACGGCUGUGUGUGGUGUGAGGGGACCCGCUCCAGCUGUGUCUUCCGCAACUCGUGUACUGACAGCAUUCAGCCCACCUGCCCUGCACCCUACAUACAUCUGAUAGAGCCUCUGUCUGGUCCAGUAGAAGGUGGCACUGUGAUUACGAUCUCUGGAUCUAACCUGGGUCAGAGAGCUGAGGAUAUAAAGCACUCUGUGAUCGUGGCUGGAGUUUCCUGCACAGUUCUGCCCAGCAGAUACGAGGUCUCUUCCAGUAUUGUAUGUGAGACUUCAGCGAGUGGAGGGGAGAGGAGAGGACAUGUCUCUGUGGAGGUGAAAGGUGGGGGGACUGGACAGUCUGUUCAGCACUUUCGCUAUCAGGACCCAAUAUUACUGGGAGUGUACCCGUUAAAAGGCCCAAUGUCUGGGGGCACAUCGCUCACCGUUACUGGGCGUGGCCUACGUACAGGCCAGUUGAGUGAGAUCAGUGUUCUGAUUGGUGGAGUGCCGUGUCUCAUUACUGUGGAGCUGGAGGAUGAGCAGAUUGAAUGUGUGACGGGCGGCAGUAACAGAACGGGAGAGCAUGGAGUGACGGUACGGUUUGGUAGAGCAGAGCGCCAUCUGUCGACAGCAUCCUAUCAUUACACCCCAGAUCCCAACAUCACCAGUGCUGCUCCUUCAAAAAGCUUCCUUAGUGGGGGUCGUGUGAUUAAGGUUUCUGGUCAGAACUUGGAUGUGGUUCAGGAGCCUCGCAUCUGUGUGACCUUGAGUCCACUGGAGACCACAUUUUUGGGACGGAAAAGAAGAAAGAGGAAGAGUGAUGGAAGUUCAAGGACAGAAGACAGGCCCUGGCCUCUCAUACGACAAAGACGGAUAGUUCCAGAACCUGGCUGUCCUGAAGGCAGCCUCUGUGAUAUCAAGCAGAUUGAGGAGCGCUGUACAGUCAACAGCUCCACUCUGCUCCUGUGCCAAACACCGGAGCUGGGUCCUGAGGCUCGCCACGCUGCCGUCAGAGUCCAGUUUCUGCUGGAUAAUGUCAGCUUUGACUUCAAGACGGUCAGCGGCAGCCCCUUCAGCUACGAACUGAACCCCAUCCUCCACCCACUCAACCGAGGCGACCCCAGCAAGCCCUACCGACACAAACCCGGAAGCAUCAUCUCUGUGGAGGGGGAGAAUCUGGACUUGGCCAUUUUUAAAGAAGAGGUGGUGGCUCUGAUGGGAGAUGGAGUGUGUGCUGUGAAGACCCUCACCAGGAACCAUCUCUACUGUGAGCCUCCCACCCAGCAGCCCUCCAUGUCCGCCAACAAGAAACGAGAGGGCACGGACACUCUGCCGGAGUUCACAGUACGAAUGGGGAAUCUGAACUUCUCCCUGGGAAGAGUGCAGUAUGACUCUCCGGGCCAUGCCAUGUUUCCUCUGGAGGCUCAGGUUGGGGUGGGGGUGGGAGCAUUCAUCGUGGCUUUCAUCGUGCUGGUCAUCGUGCUCAUAUACAGGAGGAAGAGUAAACAGGCUCUGAGGGACUACAAAAAGGUUCAGAUUCAGCUUGAGAACCUGGAGACCAGUGUGAGAGACUGCUGCAAAAAGGAGUUCACAGAUCUGAUGACCGAGAUGAUGGACAUGUCCAGUGACUUGGUGGGCUCAGGGAUCCCAUUUCUGGACUACCGUACCUAUGCUGAGAGGAUUUUCUUCCCUGGCCACCGGGAGUCGCCACUGAGACGAGACCUGGAUGUGCCAGCCUGUCGGAGGGCUACAGUGGAGCAGGGUCUGGUUCAGCUCUCCAACUUACUCAACAGCAAGUUGUUCCUCACCAAGUUUAUUCACACUCUGGAGGGGCAGAGGACGUUCUCUCCACGGGACCGUGCAAAUGUGGCAUCUCUUCUUACUGUGGCGCUGCAUGGGAAGCUUGAGUAUUUUACAGAUAUCCUUAAAACCCUUCUGAGUCACCUGGUGGAGCAGUACACCAACAAGAACCCCAAACUGAUGCUGCGCAGAACGGAAUCUGUGGUUGAGAAGUUGCUGACCAACUGGAUGUCCAUCUGCCUUUACACUUUUUUAAGAGACUCAGCUGGUGAAUCUUUUUAUAUGUUAUUUCGUGCCAUAAAACACCAAGUGGACAAGGGUCCUGUAGACGCUGUGACGGGCAAGGCCAAAUACACACUCAACGAUAACCGGCUCCUACGUGAAGACGUGGAAUAUCGUACCCUGACACUUAAUGUCUUGGUAACCAGUAGUGGUGCUAGUGAGUCACAGACUGUUCCUACAAAAGUGCUGGACUGUGACACCAUUACACAGGUGAAGGAGAAGAUUCUGGAGCAGACAUGGAAGGGCACAUCAUACUCUCAGAGACCCUCCACAGAUUCAGUGCACUUAGAAUGGAGGGCUGGCAUGGCAGGACACCUGAUUCUGUCUGACGAGGACCUGACCUCUGUGGUACAGGGGACAUGGAAACGCCUCAACACUUUACAGCACUAUAAGGUUCCAGAUGGAGCCACAGUUACACUGGUGUCACGACAGUCCAAACAAGUCCACCAUGACAGUCACGACUAUAUACCAGGAGAAAAGACUCCUAUGUUGGAGGAUGGAGAUGAAGGUGGGAUGAGACUCUGGCACCUGGUGAAGGCCAAUGAGGAGCCAGAGUUGUCCAAACACAGGAGAGGCAGUCUUAGAGAGAGAGAGCGGGAGAGAGCCAAGGCCAUACCAGAGAUCUACCUCACACGUCUGCUGUCUAUGAAGGGUACGCUGCAGAAGUUUGUGGAUGACCUGUUCACAGUUAUCCUCAGCACCAGCCGGCCGGUUCCUCUGGCUGUGAAGUAUUUCUUCGAUCUGUUGGAUGAUCAGGCUGCACAGCACAAUAUCACAGACCCUGAAACCAUCCACAUCUGGAAGACAAACAGCCUGCCCCUGAGGUUCUGGAUCAACAUUCUGAAGAACCCACAGUUUAUCUUUGAUGUUCAAGCAUCGGACAACGUGGAUGCCGUGCUGUCUGUUAUUGCUCAGACCUUCAUGGACUCAUGCACCAUUGCUGAGCACAAACUGGGCAGGGAUUCUCCUAUCAAUAAGCUUCUGUAUGCUCGAGACAUCCCACGCUACAAACAGAUGGUGGAAAGAUAUUAUUCAGAUAUCAGACAAACUAUAUCAGCCAGUGACCAAGAGAUGAACUCUGCUCUGGCUGAGCUGUCCAGGAAUUACUCCAGUGAGGUGAAUCACCUAGUGGCCUUGCAUGAAUUAUACAAGUACAUCAACAAAUAUUACGAUCAGAUCAUCUCGGCUCUUGAAGAAGACGCCACUGCUCAGAAGAUGCAGCUGGGCUACAGGCUUCAGCAGAUUGCAGCAGCCGUGGAGAACAAGGUCACUGACCUUUAACUGACCUGCAGACUCAGGUGAACAUUUAAAAAAAACUGAGACUGAAAGGAAAACAAGGGCUGAGGACAGAAACGGUACACAGACUUCUAAAGCAAGUUCCUUCAAACUGAGCGAGACUUUGGAUUUACUCAGAAGUGCCCAGAAGAGAGAACGUACGUAUAUGUGGACAAGAGCACCUGAAAUUUCAAGUGGGUCGUUCCUGGAUCAUCUGUGCUCCAAAAAAAAAAAACAGAACUCAUCAUGGUGGGUGCCUCUGCAGGAUGAUUAUAGUCUGGAUUGUCUGGAUCACCGUUGGGCUUGGCAGAUGGUCAGAACACUGACUGUUAAAAGCUAACUAAAGGGAUGCAGAUUUUAUCUGCUAAUCUGCUCAUCUUCUGAACGGCAGACAAAAUACAGUAGCUUCUGUUUGGAUGAUUUUGAAAGACUCUGAAACAUCUUGGGGUGUGUUUGAGAGUCCUGUUCCUUAGCUUAAUCUGGCUUAAUCUGAUUCGUUCACAGAGUCAGAUAUUACCGUAUAUUUCGCACUAUAAAGCGCACCGGAUUCUAAGGCUCACUAUCAGUGAACGUCUAUUUUCUGGUCUAUUUUCAUACAUAAGUCACACUGGAUUAUAAGGCGCAUUUUAAGAGACACUAUAAGGAACUUCUAAUUCAGCAGGUCUCACCACUGGGUGCUGGUGGGGGGUAGCUAACUAAGUUAAGUAAAGCUAAGCUAAGUAAACAAAACUGUAGUAAAAAAGACUUUCUUUUAAAUUCAAACGAGUGCUGGAUGUUAAUCUACACAGAUUUCUGUCCUGAAAACUGUUUUUUGCAAGCUUAGAGUCCCAAUUUUUUCUUGCCCUAAGGCUGGAGCAAUAGCAUUAGCGGCUAACCGCUAUCAGUUAGCGGUUUAUGCCACCCGAUAGCGCUACACUGAGUGAACCUGAGUGUUCCAGUAAGCCAGGGAGAUAUUAGCUAGCAAUUCUUCCCAUAUAGCUUGUUUAAAGACAGUAAAUGCAGGUUACAGGCUGAUAUACUCACCUCUGAGUGGAAAAGUAGCGGUUAGCGGCUAAUGCUAAUGCUGCUCCAGGCCCGGUGCUGGAGAACUAAACUGAAACUGACUCCUUUAUAACGCUGUACUUCAGUGGAGUGGCUUUACUGCUCCUUACAUCCUGACUGGUAAAUUCAUACAUAAAACGCACCAGAUUAAAAGGUGCACUGACAAUUUUUGGGAAAAGUAAAGCAUUCUAGAUGCGCCUUAUUGUGCGACAAAUACGGUAUUUUAAAAAUACUGUAGUAUCAGAUACCUAAAAUACAAGCAAUACAUGCUUUCUAAUGCAAUACACCUUAGACUGCAUGGAGCUUAGACUGCAAGUGUUUGAGACAGAUCUGUGCUAGCUCGUUAGAGCUUCACCACAAUAUCAGUAACUCAUGCAUCAGAAAGUGCACAUUUGAUACUGUACAUUUCUUUUAGCAGCAUGAGAAACUGCUCUCUCACAGGUGUUUUUUUUAUGUACUGCUCACUCACAGACUCAUAGAUCUGGGCACGGCAUAAAAUCCAUAAUGAUUUUCAGCAUUUUUUAGAUGUGACAAAUUUCGAGUGUAAACAUAUUUUGAGAUUCUUUUUUUAUUGUCUGAAGCAGUUGAUUUUAAAUUGCACUGGUUAAAGGGAACUAUGCUAUUGUUUAAAAGUUUGGAAUCACUUUAUAAUAUAAAAUAACUCCUAUUUAUUUGUAGAUACGGUCAAUGUUACAAAAAGAUUCCUGUGCAUCAUGACAGUUUUUUUUAUUAUUAAAUAGUAGGAUACUAAUAGUAGGAUUACAUUUCCACAUAAAGUGGUGUAACAGUACAAAAAGUCACAGUUCAGUUUAGAUCGAAUACUUUUAUUUUAUUUGAACAGACAGUGGUUCAAAGUUAAAGUUUGUUCCAUUUAUCACUUCAAGCAAAGACACAAACUGGAAAAUGUACUCCAUAUAAGGAUGCAAGUGCAGAUGCUUCAAACUAUCCAGACUGUAUUCAUACUUUGUGUAUAGUCUGUUUCAAUAGUGUGUCACAUAUUCAUAUUUCUUAAUUUAAAAGAAACAUUUUUUAAUUUUUGUACAGUGGGCUUGUGCAUUUAGGGAGUGUUGGUAUUUGCGUUCGCUAAAUAGGACAACAAUCGCUGGUUCGAAUCCUGGUCAUGCAGCUCACCAUCAGCUAGAGCCAAAGCCCCGAGAGAGCACAAUUGGUCUUGCUCUCUCUGGGUGAGUGGAUGGCGCCCUUUCCCCUCAUCACUCCAAAGGGUGAUGUCAAUCAGCACAAGGCGCCUGUGAGCUGAUGUUUCAGAACCAAGUUAAAUUAACCAGAACCAGAUAAAUAAAUAAAAAAUAUCCAAGUGUUCCUAUAUAUUUUUAAUAUAGUAUGCAAUAUUACAUUUACGGUGUAAUGAAAAAAAUCAUGAACAGAAUAAAAACACAUUAAAUGAGAAGAGAUGGUACUGUAGAUAAUUCUGGGGGGAAAAAAUAUAAAAAUACUACAUACCAUAUUCAAAUUCCAAAAUAUAGUUUUUUCAUAGAAUAAAAUUUAACUUUUUAUAACAUUUAAAUUAACAUUGUACAAGUUAAUAUCCAGUAUUAACAUAAGUUACCAUAAUUAUGCUAUGACAAGUGCUUCCAAACUUUUAAACAAUUAAAAGUGUAUACAUUUACUUUAGCUUUUAAUAAUCAGAUAAUAAACAUGCAUGGAUGCUCCUGCCUUCAGAUUUAGAAAUGUGACCCUGUUCUACUGACUGACACUGUUUUGCAGAUAUCUGAAUAACUGAUAACUCACGGCUAGAUUAACACCUUUAGAAUGAAAGCAUAAUGUAGCUCGUGGAAGCUGUUCACUUGUUGACUUGUUGUUCUGUUGUUUAAUUUGUCCAGAAGCAUUGAAGACUAACCUGUGCUUGAUUAGUGCUGUACUUACGCUGCUCUUACUCUCUUACAUCACUUUACGAGGCUGCUGUCGCCUGCAAUAACACGGUACUGUAUGUAUAGACCACAUAACAAACAUAGCAAAAUACAGCAGCGGUUCAAUCAGCGGAACAAGUGUACCAUGGUACCAAGUCUUAUCAGCUUAUUUUGUAUUACUUAUUAUUAUAAUUUAUUUGUUAAAUAAUGAAUGGGUUCUGCUGCCAUUGUUGUAAAGUUCUAACUUUUUUGUGCAAUGAUGACGUUUGUAAUAGCAAAGCACUGCGAGUACUGACAGAUUGUUUAACACCUAGCCUAAGUUUGAGUUUAAACCCAUGUAAUUUUAACAUGUAGGCUCUUACGCUUUGGGUGGGGCUAUGAUCAAAAGUGGCAAAUCCAGGCCCAGAAAAAAAAAUCAGUCUUGCAUCCAUUUCUUCUAAAAAGAAAAAUUGGCCAGCAGAUGAAGGUGCUGCCACUAUGUUUGAAUCCCUGAUCAUGCACAAUUGACAGCUUGCUGAAUUGUGCUAGCACAUUUGACCAUCAGCAGCCAGAGUCCGAGAGAGCACAAUUGACUAUGCUCCCUGCUUGUGGCUAGAUAGUUUGCCAUUAGCCGCCGAAGUCCGAGAGAGCAUAAUUGGCCUUGCUCUCUGGGUGGGUGGACGGCUUGCCAUCAGCAGCAGCCGGAGUCAGAGAGAGCAAAAUUGGCUUGUCUCUCUCUGGGUGGGUUAAAAGGCUUGCCUUUAGCAGCCGGAGUCCGAGAGAGCACAAUUGGCCAUUCUUUCUUAGCUGGGUACAUGGCUUGCCAUCAGCAGCAGCCGGAGUCAGAGAGAACACAAUUGGCCAUUCUUUCUUUAGCUGGGUUGACUUUGCUUUUUCUGGGUGGGAAGAUGGCUUGCCAUCAGCAGCCGGAGUCUGAGAGAGCACAAUUGGCCAUGCUCACUCUGGUUGGGUAGAUGGCUUGCCAUCAAUAGCAGCUGGAGUUCAAGAGGGCACAACUGGCCAUGCUCCCUUUGGCUGGGUAAAUGGCUUGCCUUUAGCAGCCGGAGUCUGAGACAGCACAAUUGGCCCUGCUUAUUUUGGCUCGGCAGAUGGCUUGCCAUCAGCAGCUGGAGUCCGAGAGAGCCCAAAUUGGUCAGACUCACUCUGGGUGGGUAGAUGUCUUGCCAUCAGAAGCAGCUGGAGUCCACAAGAUCAAAAUUGACUUUGCUUUCUCUGGCUGGGUAGAUGGCUUGCCAUCUGCAGCCGGUGUCUGAGAGAGCACAAUCGGCCUUGCUCUCUCUGGGUGGGUAGAUGGCGCUCUUUCCCCUCAUCUCCACCAAGUUGAUUAAUGGCCAGCACAGGCAUCUGUGAGCUGAUGCAUUAGAGCUGGGUCGCUGCACUUUCCUCCGAUUGAGCUGGCUACCCAGUAAUGCAACAUCAGUAGCAGUUCAAAAAGAGGCGGUGGCUGGCUUCACACAUGUCGGAGGUUGGGUAAUUGACUUUACAAUUUGGGGAGAAAAUGGGAAAUAAUUAGAAAUAGUUCGAUCCCAAAGAAGUCUACGCCACUUCUGAACACAGUUAAUAUAAGGCUUCUGUUUUGCACGGUAACGUUUUAAACUCAGCUGCAGUUAGAACAAAAUCCUGAGGUGGAUUUUUUUUUCUUUGUGGACUUGGAUUUGCCACUUCUGUCUGAAAUUACUACCAAACCCCAUGUUUUUCCCUCUUAUUUCCUCAAUAAUCAGAAAAGGCGAGGCUGUUUCGAGCAUUGUGUAAUGUGUGCUGUGUUUAGAUAGAAAGGAAAAGGUCACGUGAAAAUUGCUCACCAAAUUGUAAAUGCCCAAAUAGCCAUGAAAGCGUUCAGCAUGCCGGAGGACACGUUCCUCAGGAUCAACUCCACUGGAAGCAUUUCAGCAUGCGUUAUUAACGUAGUGUGUGGUCUUAUUACGCUUUAUAUAUACAGUAUGUGCUCUGUGGCAAACACCUUACUUAUCAGACGCAUUAUUAAUAAUGAGCAAUAAUGCAAGCCACCGCAAGCCAACCAGUCGUCUGCGCCGCCUCGUAUGUUUCCUUUUGCGUGUUGCCGAGUUUUAUUUACUUAUUUAUUUAUUUAUUUUGUGUCCGAUUGGCUGCUAACAGUUGAUUUAAGUGAAGACCAAAUUCCCAUGAAUCAUUUUGGACCCCGCUUCUUCUAAUGGCUCUGAUUUCCCGCAGAAAUUUAACUCCUUACUGGUUUACGCGAUUUACGGACAAAAUACUUUUCAGUCUUACUUUCAGUGUCCUUAUUUCUGAUUUGUUUUAUUUUUGUAAUAUUUUUCUGGCUACUCUUGUGUGGUGGUGAGUGUUACAGUAUUUUGUAAAUCAUGCUUUUGGAGAUAUGCUGGUCAUUUUGAGCUCUUUUCGAGCGUUCAUCAUGUUCAUCACGUUAACUUUGUCAUUUAGAGCUGCGCUUUGUUACUGUAAAUAAAGGCGAUGUAAUCACCGGUGUGCAUCCCGAGCUGUUGGAAUGAAGCGACGGUGCAUUUGUCAAAAGCUGUCUUGUAAUAAAGUUGUCAGAAACUUGA